AUGCAUCUAAACUUCAAUCCGCCUUCGUCGAUGCCACCACAAGAUCCGACGAAUUUGGAGUCCGACAGAAAGAACUACCCACGCAACUCAACCGGUGCAAACAUGGACGAGAUCCCUCCAUUUCACACAGAACAACAACAUCGUCGUAGAUCCACCGUCGAAAUUUCUAUGAUCCAACCGUCUCCCCUUCAAAUCUGGAGACAACUGCAGUCGCCUGUGCGUAAUCAUCAUGAUUCCGCUCUAAUUCGUAAAGUCAUUGUCCGUUAG